GAUUUGGGUAUCGCAACCACACCAGCUCAAACUUAUAUAGAGUAAUUCCAAAAGGGCCUUUGAUUGGCACUUGAACAGCUCAAAAUUUCAUUUUUAUAAACACUUCCAGCUUUUCCACCUGCUAUUUAUUAUUAAUCUUCUCUAUCAGUUUUAACAACAAUCUUCAAUCCCAUUCCUUUUUCUUCUUCUUCCUCCUCCUCCUCCUCCUCCUCCUCUUCGAUUGUAAAAGGUUGAUAUUUUGUCACCUCAUGAGGUGAUGUAGAUCAAACCCAGAAUGCCGAAACACUGAAACUAAUAAAUUUACAUAUAGGCCAAAAGCCAUUGCUUGAGAGUUUCUUUUUUCCUCUUUCUCUGUCUGUUGCGCUGUUUUUGUGUUAUUGGUGGUUAAAGGUUGAUAUUUUGUCACCUCAUGAGGUGAUGUAGAUCAAACCCAGAAUGCCGAAACACUGAAACUAAUAAAUUUACAUAUAGGCCAAAAGCCAUUGCUUGAGAGUUUCUCUUUUCCUCUUUCUCUGUCUGUUGCCCUGUUUUUGGGUUAUUGGUGGUUAAAUUUCAAUAAAACUAAAGGUACACGCAGAAGGGUUUCCGUAUUAUACGUCCCUCAACAGCUCAUCAAAACCCAUAACCAGCCUGUCUUCCUCAUGAAACCCACUUUCUCUUCAUUUCACUCUCUCCAUUCUCCGCUCUUUCAUCCUCUUCUUUCCCUGCAACGGCGUCCACGGUGCCCACGCAUGGACUCCUCUUCACCCCCUCACCAUCACUCCAAUCAAAACAAGACCAAAAUUAUCGUCACCAUGGGUGCCACCGGCUGCGGAAAGUCCCGCCUCUCCGUCGACUUGGCCACCCAUUUCCCUCACUCUCAAAUCAUAAACUCAGACAAAAUGCAACUUUACAACGGCUUAGACAUAACAACCAACAAAAUCCCUCCCCACGAAAGGAAAGGGGUUCCUCACUUUCUGCUGGGGGACUUGGACACCAUCGACGCCGACGUGUUGCCCUCGCAGUUCCGCUCGGCUGCGGGUUUAACCAUUGCCAACAUUGUUUCGCGUGGAAACUUACCGCUUCUUGUUGGUGGGUCCAACUCUUUUAUUCAUGCUCUCCUUGUGGAAACCUUUGACCCACAAGUGGACGUAUUCACCGGGCCAGACUCGGUGACUCAUCUCCUAAGGUAUGAUUGCUGCUUUCUUUGGGUUGACGUGGCUUGGUCGGUACUGUCCGACUAUUUGUGUGAACGAGUGGAUGAGAUGCUGGAGUCGGGGAUGCUGGAGGAGUUGGCUCAAUUCUAUGAACCAACAAAAGUAGGUGUCCGGGUCGGGUUAAGAAAAGCAAUAGGAGUGUCCGAAUUCGACGAAUAUUUUAGAAAGUACCCUCCAUGGGAAAGCGAGGCAAACGGAAGGAUACCAAAGGAAGGGUGCGAUCAGGCACGGAAGGAAGCGUACGAGGAAGCAGUGAGACUGAUCAAAGACAACACGUGUAUAUUGGCGAAGAGGCAGAUAGGGAAGAUUAUGCGACUGAGAAAGGCAGGGUGGGACCUAAAGAGAUUAGACGCAACCGCGACGUUUAGAGCGAUGAUGAUGAAGAAGAAGAAAAACAAGUCGUCAUCAGCAGCAUCGUCGGACUUAGAAUGGAGGGAUAUAUGGGAAAGGGAAGUGAUGGAACCAAGCGUGAAGGCCGUGAGGCGAUUUCUGCAGUAGGUUUGUCCAGCUUUUUUCCAGCUAAUUUUAUUCUUUCUCUUUCUCUCUUUCAUCUUUCUAUAUGCACACAUAAACGUACGUUGGAACGGAUUAGGCAGAGUCCAAAUGGAAGGGAAAUGGCGACCAAUUUUGGACGAGUAGGCCGCCUUUGGUUCCACUUAGUGCCAAUGGUGAGGCCGUUAGGUGCUGGGGGCUAAGAGCUAUACCCCCCCCCCCCCAAAAAAAAAAAAACAACAAAAUUUUGUAGGUAAACAGAUUUUGUGAAUUUUUUUUUAGUUGCUUUCUGCUAAUGUUAGAGUGUAAGUAAAAUGGAAUGAUAUUUUGGCUCGUAUGUUGUUAUGAUUAAGGAAUGUGAGGAAUUGGAAGAGACCAAACUGUUGAAAUGGGAGACUAUUUUAUAAUGGCUUCAUUUUAUCAGAAUGGUACAAAAAUGCCUUUUA